GGCGGGCGGAGGUGAGAGCGCAGCCGGGCAAGGGAGGGCUGUGCCGGCUGCUCCCGGGAGCUGCUGCUGGGCGGGACGGAGCUCAGCGCUCCCCUCAGGAAGUUAUUUUAGAACGAAAGAAUACAUCUGAGAAACAAGAUGUCUCCUGCCGGGAGUCGAUACCAAGAUAAGCAGUACAGGCACCAUGAGAACCAUAGAUCAGACAGAUACAAAGAAGACAGAAGAGCAAGAAAACCAUACCAAUACAAUGCAAGAUCAACAGAAGACAUUCGAGGUGGCCAGCACUCAAGAACUUCUACUGUUUGCUCAGACCCUUAUUCUAAAACCUCAGGAGCAGCACGGGAGUAUUUUGACCCACAACCAGAGUUUUAUCCUCCCAAGAAAACCUUCUCAAUGAAGUGUUCAAAGGUAUGCACAACAAGAGGCAUUUUGAAGUUUGUGGAAAUCACGGUUAACCUCCUGGUGUUGAUUUGUGUGGGAGCUUCCCAAGCCUCUGUUGCAGGCUUCACAUCCCUUGGAGGCUUUGGAUCCUUUAGCCUGAAUUCAGCCUAUAGCCCCUUUGAGGGCACAGAGCUCCGCGAGGUGAGGGAGCUGGACAUGCAGAUCACCCAGAUGAGAGCCCCUUGCGUGUAUGGCGGCGUAGCCUUCAGCUUAACAGCAGCAGUACUUACCCUUGUCUUCCUCAUCAUGGGGGCAAAGCCCAUCCAGCAGCUCAGGACAGGGCUGCUGGUAGGCGAGUGUGCCUUCAACCUGCUGGCUGGUGCAGCAUACGUUGUGGCAGUGGGCCUCUACCUGCAUUUUGUCAGCCAGGUGAACUCCACAGAGGUUUGCAAGAGGCGUGAGAGGCUGUACACGCGCCGCGGCUACACCUCCAUGAACUGCGUGGUCCAGGGCGGCGACGCGGCCGUGGGCCUUUUUGGUGCCGUUGCUUCCUGCUUGUACUUUGCCAGCUUUGUGGUCUGCAUCCGUGCUGUCCGAACUGUCAGAGCCUUCCAGAGCCACGUGGCCAAGGCUCAGCACAGCCCCAAAGUCAGUGUUAAGGACAGAAGCAUCAGAAACCACCAUGCUGUUCACAGGACCUCUGAAAGCUCCCACAACAUCCAGGCUCUCGCCACGUUAGUGUGAAGUCGACUCUGGGACUGUGCCAGAGCUGGGGCUUCAGCCAGGGAGGGACACUGGGUGUCACAUGGCAAACAGGAGACCAGCUCACAAUCUCCCUACAGGGUGCUGAAGCAUGUAUAGAAUCACCAAAUGUAACUAUACAGCUAUAACAUGAUGUAAUAAAAUUGACAUUGAGUGACUUGUUUUCACAAGGUUUUUCUGCACUAGUCUCUCAAGCUGGACUCUUGUAGGUAAAAUGUGUUUGUGACUGUAAUGUUUUUAUCCUGCACAGAGCAAAUCCAAACAGGUUACAGGUUUAACAGGUUACAACUGCAUUGAUGCCAAACUUGUGCUAACAACCACUUCCUUUCCUCUCCCAUGGCAUAAGGAAUUGAAUACACAGUUAGGAUGGGCAGCCUUCAACAGAUCCUGUGCCUGUUGUGCAUCCUGUUGACUUAUGCUACAGUGCUCACAAAGCAAAGGACACUUGAGUGCUUUUCUGAAUCGUGUCUGAGGUUACAUUUGUGAUCUGUUUUGCUUGGGCUAGUGAAGCGUUUUAUCUUUUGAGUCACAGGGGUUGACACAUGCCGAUCAUGUGCUCCCUGAGGAAUGCUGCCGGGAGGAACUAGCUGCAAUGUCAAAGGCAGCAUUUUGGUCCUUAUCCAGUUUCCUACUGUAUUUUCCCAUCUCACUGAGCGCAGAUCAGAA